AUGCCACUCCAUGUAGAUCCUAGAAAACACGAACUUCUAGAAGCUAGAAUUCAAGGAACUAAUCAUAUAAAUCAAAGCAAUAAUAUCCCUGUAUCCACGAAGACGGAUUCAUGUUCAUCAGCUUAUAUGUAUCCUAUGGCGGCAGAUGAAUCCUCACGUACUCCAGAACAUUCAGCUAUGCGUGGAUCGUCUAGUCCAUCUAGUUCGGCUGGUGAACAUGAUUUAAGUACAAGCAGUAGUGAUCCUAAACCAGUAACAACUGUUAUCCCUUCAACACCAGUAGAACCAAACGAACGGAUUCCGAGCAGUGCAGACGUGGGCAAAAAACUUCAAAAUUCUACCAAUCAAAACAAUAGUCGCUCGGAUAUCGCCAAUUUACCUCUCAAUAUACAAAGUCCUCAAACAUUUGUACAAACGCAGUCAGAUUAUGUGACUUCACCUACAACUCCAAAAAGAAAUAGAAUGCCUUCAAGUUCCACUGGGGAGUUUGAUAAUACAACAAACGAUGGAGCUCUUGCUUCACCUGUCAAAUCAAGUGAUAAGUUUUUAGAGUCUUUAGCUACUGGUGCUCCAGCCAAUCCUAUGGGUUCACCUCAGUGUUUACAAUACCUUUCAAGAUCCAAUUCUAUGCACACACCUUCCACUGUUGCUGGCAACAGUCCUGUUAAAUCCCAGACAUCUGUAAAUGAUAAGAAUAAUCCAUAUUCUACAUUCCAACUAUCUGUUCAACCCAGUCCUAUAGUUGUUGAAACAAAUAAUCCUGUACAUGAUCCACCUCCAUCCAUAAAGCCACCUACUUCAACGCAUAGUGGACAGGCUGACUCCUUACCCUCUAGAAAUGGUACAAAAAAGCGACGAAAACCUGCCAAUUCUGAAGACAUUCACACACCGAAGGCGAAGAAAGUGACUGGUCAAGAUCGUGGUUCGAAACGUAUUGAUGAAAUCUUUAAAUUCAUGCCUGGUCCCUUGUAUUCAUCCUGCGGUUCAACAAGCCCAAUACGUAAUACUCGUCCACAAAGCCCUUCCCCUACAGGUGGUCAUUCUCUUGAUAAUCAAAUGGUUGGAACAACGCAUAACUACAUCCCAUCGGUGAAUGAAGCUGUGACUACAAGUUGUGGAAGUAAUGACCAACUGGUUAUUACAUCAGCUUCAGGUGGUGUUCAGUUUACAAGUAAUGCAGUAAAUUUCCAGCUGUCACCUGUUCGUGCCAACAGUACAGCAAGUCUAAGCGAUAGUUCUGGUGACAAUCCUGUAUCUAUGGUUGGAUUAAGUAUGGCUGUAAAUAUGAAUGCAAAUCCAGUCUCCUGUACUACACCUUGCAAUGCUACUCCAUUACCUACCUACACUAACCUACAUACAUCUGUAAAUCUGAAUUCAUCUUAUCCUCAAGUUGGACAAGCGAAUUUCAGCUAUCUAGGCUCUGCAUCCAGUUUAAAUAGUCCUAUAUCUCAUGUUCCAGGUGCUUUAACCGCCACCACCACAACUGCCACUCCUACUCUAACUGGAUCUGGAUCUGGUGUUGUAAACACUUUCAAAUCUCAUGUCGGAGUGCAAACAGAUGAAGCUGUCACUUCGGCGGCGGCGGCGGCAUUAAUGAAUGAAUCUAUGAUAGAAGAUUCUCAGUGUAUAAAUUCCACAUCUUUGCAUAACAAUCCCCCUACUGCUGCUGCUGCUGCUCCUCCUCCUCCUCCUGCUACUUCUGCUUUAUUUACGGCUGGUGCAUCUUUACCCGUGGUUAAUACUGUUGAAAGUCUUCAACGGCGUAUAGCUGACUUAGAGCAUGAAAAUGCUAUUCAACGUGAAAGUAUUACAAAACUUCAAGAAAAUGCUCUUCGUUCUCGAGAAAUGAUACGUGAAUUAUUAAUUGAAAAAAGUCUAUUGGAGAGAAAGACUACACGUCAAAAAGUCAUGGAAAAUCGUUUACGGCUAGGUCAGUUUAUCACUCAAAGACAAGGUGCUCAUUUUGAAGAAAAGUGGAUUGAAGGCUCAAGAUUUAAAGAAUUAGAUCAACGUCGUAAAAAUAUUGAACAUGUUCGUGAAGAGAUUGAACGUAAAAAGAAACAAUGGAAUAAACGCAAACCAAAUGUUGGUGAAGGGAAAAAGAGUACUAAAUCUAAGUAUGAUGAGGUUUCUGUCGAUGAAUUUUAUGAACAGUUGGAAAUCUAUGAUCUGCGUAAACAAAUGCUUGUUAAAGAAGAUAAAGAAAUUCAAAUGGAAUUAGAACGUUUAGAUAGAGAAAGAAAUUUGCAUAUACGUGAAAUUAAACGAAUUUCCAAUGAAGAUGCUUCACGUUUUAAAGAUCAUCCAUUGUUGAAUGAACGUUAUCUAUUGCUUAAUUUACUCGGUAAAGGUGGAUUCUCUGAAGUACACAAGGGUUUUGAUCUUGUCGCUAAUCGUUAUGUUGCUUGUAAAAUUCAUCAACUCAAUCCUGCUUGGCCUAAGGAUAAAAAAGAUAAUUAUAUAAAACAUGCACUUAGAGAAAUUGAGAUCCAUAAAACGCUGAAUCAUCCAAGAAUAGUGAAAGUUUUCGAUGUAUUCGAUAUUGAUCAUGAUGCUUUUUGCACAGUACUUGAAUACAGUGAAGGCAAUGAUCUAGAUUUCUUUCUUAAACAAAAUAAAAGUAUCCCUGAACGUGAAGCGAAAUCAAUUAUAUGUCAAGUGGUGUCUGCUUUGAAAUACUUAAAUGAACGUAAACCUCCGGUGAUACAUUAUGAUUUAAAACCAGGAAAUAUUCUCUUGGGGUCUGGACAAGUUGCUGGUGAAAUUAAAAUCACUGAUUUUGGUUUAAGUAAAUUAAUGACAGAGGAUAAGUAUAAUCCAGAGACUGGAAUGGAUUUAACUUCACAAGGUGCUGGCACUUAUUGGUAUUUACCACCGGAAUGUUUUGAAACCGGACGUGAACCACCGAAAAUUUCAUCAAAAGUUGAUAUUUGGUCGGUUGGUGUAAUAUUCUUUCAGUGUUUAUUUGGUAAAAAGCCAUUUGGUCAUAAUAUGUCUCAGGCUGAUAUACUCCAUGAGAAUACAAUUCUUCAUGCCCGGUCCAUUGUAUUCCCGUCUACAACAAAAGUUAGCGAUGGUGCAAAGGAAUUUAUCCGUAAAUGUUGUACGUAUCGAAAAGAUCUUCGACCGGAUGUCUUUCAACUUUCUAAUGAUGACUAUUUAAAGCCUAAAGCACAAUUAAAGCAUUAUCUUGAUACAUCUUCACUUCCUGGGCCUAUUCCACUCGGUAUAGCAACAACAACUCCGCCUUCCAGUUGUAUUGGUGCCUCUGUUAUUCCCAGUGUCGGCGGUAAUCCUUCAUGUCUUCUAUCUGGCUACCAAACAAAUAAUAAUCAUAAUAACAAUAAUAACCAUAAUAACAGUAGCGUGAACAGUGGUGUUGGCCAACCGCAAUCACAACAUAUCCUUCAACAACAAACUCCAUCGUUUUCUGUACUCCAAAGUCAAGUGGCGGCAGCGGCAGCUACGCCAUCUUUACAACCGUUGACAUUACCUCCACAAAGUUAAAUA